GUUAUAAGUACUCUAAUCGUUAUAACUAAAAAAGAACGCGCCAUUAUGAAUUUUGACGAAAUUGAAGAACAAGAUGGUGUUCGAUUCUCUUGGAAUGCAUGGCCAUCAUCCCGUAUUGAAGCCAACAAAGCCGUCGUCCCAAUCGCCUGUCUUCACACUCCAUUAAAGGAGCGUGAAGACUUUAUCGAAAGUCCAAUCUGGUAUGAACCCAUCACCUGUAAAGCACCAUGCAGGGCCAUCCUCAAUCCUUAUUGCCAAAUCGACGUGCGGGGCAAGUUAUGGAUUUGCCCUUUCUGUCUCCAGCGCAAUUCAUUCCCUAGCAACUACAAAGACAUCUCCAAUACCAACCUUCCAGCAGAGCUUUUGCCUAAAUACACCACUAUUGAAUACAACCUCAGUCGCACAGCUCAAAUUCCUCCUAUCUUUUUGUACGUUGUCGAUACUUGCUUGGACGAAACUGAUCUUAAGGCUCUCAAAGAUACUUUGGUACUCAGCCUCAGCCUCCUACCCACUUAUGCAUGGGUUGGUCUAAUUACUUACGGAACUAUGACCCAAGUGCAUGAGCUUGGUUUUAGCGAUUGCCCAAAAUCAUAUGUUUUCCGUGGUACAAAGGAGUAUGCGGGUAAGCAAAUUCAGGAGAUGCUUGGAUUGGCGGGUGCUACUGUCCGACCCAACCAAGCCCCUGUCCGCCCUGGACAGCACUCCCAGCCUGGUAUGGCAGCAAACAGAUUCCUCCUUCCCGUCAAAGAUUGUGAAUUUGUAUUAACCUCUAUCCUCGAAAACCUUCAACGAGAUCCUUGGCCUGUUGCUGAUGACAAGCGCCCUGAACGUUGCACUGGUGUCGCCAUGAGUGUCGCAAUUGGCUUGCUUGAGACUGCAUUUCCUAAUACUGGCGCACGUAUUAUGUUGUUCAGUGGUGGACCUGCUACUGAAGGUCCUGGUAUGGUUGUCAGUACUGAGCUCAGAGAGUCUAUUAGAUCUCAUCAUGACAUUGAAAAGGAAACCGCAAAACAUUACAAGAGAGCCAUCAAGUUUUAUGAAGGCUUGUCAAAGCGUGCUUCUACCAAUGGUCAUGCCAUUGAUAUUUUUGCGGGAUGCUUGGACCAGAUCGGAUUAUUGGAGAUGAAGUCAAUGGUGAACGCAACAGGUGGCUGUAUGGUCCUGGCAGAUUCAUUCAAUACUGCCAUUUUUAAGCAGAGUUUCCAGCGACUGUUCCAAAAGGACAGUCAAGGGCACUUACAAAUGGGUUUCAAUGCAACAUUGGAUGUCCAGACUACUCGUGAACUCAAGAUCUGUGGCCUUAUUGGACAUGCCACCUCUGCUCACAAAAAAUCUACAUAUGUUGGUGAGACAGAAAUUGGUAUUGGAAAUACUUCUGCCUGGAAGAUGUGUUCAAUCACUCCAAAGACCACCAACGGUAUCUAUUUUGAGGUUGUAAACCAGCCAACCGUACCUUUCCAGCCUGGAUCACGUGGUCUGAUCCAGUUUGUCACUCACUACCAACAUUCAAGUGGGCAGUUCCGUCUCAGAGUUACUACUGUUGCUAGAAACUUCGCUGAGGGCCAGAGUCCUGAGAUUGCCAAUUCGUUUGACCAGGAAACUACAGCUGUUCUUAUGUCACGUAUCGCUGUGUUUAAGGGAGAGAUUGACGAUGGUUUGGAUGUACAGCGGUGGGUUGAUCGCAUGUUGAUCCGUCUUUGCCAGCGUUUUGCAGAUUAUAGAAAAGAUGAUCCUCACAGCUUCCGUCUUUCAGAGAACUUCUCUAUCUACCCUCAAUUUAUGUUCCACUUGAGAAGAAGUCAGUUCUUGCAGAUAUUCAAUAACUCUCCUGAUGAGACCGCUUUUUACCGCCAUGUUCUCAACCGGGAAAAUGUUGAUAACUCACUAAUCAUGAUUCAGCCUACCCUGACUUCGUAUGGUUUUGACAGCCAACCUCAGCCAGUAUUGUUGGAUUCAGUAUCAAUCCAGAAUAAUGUGAUUCUCUUGCUGGAUACUUUCUUCCACAUUUUGAUUUUCCACGGUGAGAUGAUCGCUCAGUGGCGUCAGGCGGGUUACCAAGAUCUUCCUGAAUACGAGAGUUUCAAGCAGCUCCUCGAGGCACCCGUUUUGGAUGCACAGGACUUGCUUACCGAUCGUUUCCCUGUUCCUCGUUAUAUUGUUUGCGAUCAGGGUGGCUCACAAGCUAGAUUCUUACUUUCUAAACUCAAUCCCUCAACAACACAUACAUCUGGUACUCCUUAUGGAGCACCCCAGGGUGCCGCAAUCUUUACAGAUGAUGUUAGUUUGCAGACUUUUAUGGAACAUUUGAAAAAGCUGUCUGUUUCUGGAGCCUCUUAAACAGUGUAACGACGACAAAACGCGAGCAUAUCAGCACAGAAUAUCCAUAUUUAUAAUAACAUACACAUUUCUGAGCCUGUAAUGCUUUCAUAGCAACAGAAACAGAAACAAAAUUAAAUUGCUUUUCUUAUAUGUCAUGUGAGGGUUAAAACAGAUUGAAUAUAGUAAAAAUGGUUAAAGCAAAAAACAGAAAAAAAAGAGGGUAGGUGUAUAGAAUAUGAUGUACAAUACAAAUGAGUGAGUGUAUGAUCCAUUUUGAAUGUGUGAUGAGAAAGGAAAGAAUACAAAGUCUCGGAUUAGAUUUCAAAGUCUUCACAGUGAAGAUGUGGAAUAUUUUUACAGUUAGUGAUGCUGGCAACUGUAUUUUUUAUGCUGCCAUUAAAGCCUGGAGGUCCACAAGCAAAAACACCCAAAGUUUCGCUACGCAUGGUCUUGAAAAAUGACUUCAAGUCUACACGCUUGUCUAAAACUAUUGAUGGUUGGACCUGUUUAGAGCUAGUAUUCGUAUUAUCAGUCUCAUUCUGCUUUAUAAAACCACUGGUUUCCAUGGUAUAUCUGGUCGCUUUCUCGUUAUUCUCCAUAGUUUCAGAAAAUGCAUCAAUAGUCAUGUUGGAGCAAUCAUCUUUCUGGCGAGUGACAUAAAAUACAACAUGAAGACAAGGAAAACGUUCAGGAUUUUGCCGGUGGAUGGACUCGAAUCC